UAGUUGGCUACUGAGACAGUCUCCGGUACAGACGUCUGGCAGAAUGUGCUGUCGUUGCUGUGGUGUGACCCAACAAAAGGUCUGGGUUUUUGGCAUUGGUACUCUAUUUGCAAUUUCCGGACUUUUGGCUAUAAUAUGCUGGCCCAGUUUUAUUGAUAAAAUGGUUUUCAAGAGUUUGCCGCUGACUCCCACUUCAAAAACGUUUGACAAAUGGAUCGAGCUGCCUAUACCAGUAUAUAUGAGAAUGUUUCUCUGGAACUGGACAAAUCCUGAGGAAGUUAAGAGCCAUGGCGCCAAGCCAAACUUUAAGCAACUUGGCCCAUAUGUUUAUCGGGAGGAACGCAUGAAAAUGGAUGUAGAAUGGCACGAGAACAAGACGGUCACUUUUAACCCACGACGAACAUGGUUCUGGGAGGAAGAGCUCUCCGGUGGCAAGCAAUCCGACCUGAUUACAGUACCCCACUUGCCAUCUAUAGCCGCAGCGCAUAGCAUGCGUCAUAGUCCAAAGCUUAUUAAAAUGUUCUUCAACACUGCCCUCAAUGAAAACGGGGGUGCACUUUACGUAACCCACACUGCCAGAGAGUGGCUCUUCGAUGGCUUCUACGAUGAGUUCUUGCAUUAUGCAAUGAGUUUGAAUAACCCUUUCGCACCACCCAUUGAAACAGAUCAAUUUGCUUGGUUCCUAAAUCGUAAUGGUUCCAAGGAAUUCGAGGGAGCUUUUACUGUCCACACAGGAGUGGGCGAUAUUAAAGAAAUGGGCGAAAUCAAAUUCUGGAAUGGAGUGAAUCAUACUGGUUGGUAUGAAGGAGAAUGUGGACGUCUCAAUGGCAGCACGACGGAUUUGUUUGUGCCUGAUGAGCCAAAAGAGAAAGCAUUGACUAUUUUUAUAACCGACACAUGUCGCAUAAUUAAUUUGGAAUUCUCGGGCCAAAGCCAAGAAAUUGAGGGCAUAAAGGGCUGGAAAUACGAGAUUACACCGAAUACCUUUGACAAUGGACAGCGCAAUGGAGAUAUGAAGUGUUAUUGUCCAGCCAGCAGGCAACCCGAUGAUUGCCCCGCCUCAGGUGCAACAGAUCUGGGACCCUGUGGUGAUGGUGCCCCAAUGUAUUUGUCGGCCGACCAUUUCAUGUAUGCUGAUGACAGUUAUGCCAACACAAUCACUGGUGUCGAGCCCAACUAUGAACGUGACAAUUUCUUCAUCAUCAUGGAACGCAAACUGGGAGUGCCGCUUCAAGUGAAUGCAGCCGUGAUGGUCUCAUUGUUCAUCCAGGAGGACGAGGACAUCGACAUACUAAAAGGACUGCCCAGCUUCUAUGCCCCACUCUUUACAUCGGCGAGCCAGGCCGUUAUUAACAAGGAGCUGGCCUCCGAGCUAAAGCUGGCACUGAAUCUACCUGUAAUUGGAUUUUACACCGGUGUGGGCUUCCUCUGCUUGGGCUGCAUCCUCAUCAUCGUUGGCAUUGUUCUCACAGUCAAGCGCAAGUGGCAUGGACAGGCAGAAGCUGAUAGGACGGCACUUAUCAGUCAAGAGAACAUAACUGACCCCAAAGAAGCACAAGAUCAAUGCAAGUAGGACAUAGAAGCUAUUUAAUGUUUAAUGACAGCAGAUUGUGAUUAUUUUAUGUAUUAUUAUAGAAUAAAAAUGCAUUUUAAAUUGA